AUGUCGUUGAUUAAUAUUUGCAGGGAUAACAAGGAUGUUUUCUACCGUUAUAAGAUGCCUCCUAUUGAGGCUAUCACAGAAGGUAGAGGUAAUGGUAUAAAGACCAAUGUUUUGAAUGCAGUCGAUGUUGCACGUGCAUUAAAUAGACCAACACCUUAUGUGAUCAAGUACUUUGGAUUUGAGUUGGGUGCACAGACUAGUAUCAGCGAGAAAAACGACAGAUACUUGGUGAAUGGUGUCCAUGAUGCCACUAAGCUACAGGAUGUUUUGGAUGGCUUCAUUAACAAAUUUGUGUUGUGUCCUUCAUGUAAGAACCCAGAGACCAUUUUGAAGGUCACCACAGACGGACAUUUAAACAGAGAUUGUAAGGCUUGUGGUAAAGUUACCGAGGUUGAUCCACGUUUGAAGCUUGUUACAUACAUUUUGAAAAACCCUCCACAAAAUCAUGUUAAAUCCGAGAAGAAAUCGGCUACAGCAUCUGCCAAUGUUAUUGGAGGUGGAAGAUCUAUUUCCGAUAUUGCAGCAAAACAAAAGCCUUCGGCAGCCACUACUACACUAGCAAAUACUGUUGCUCCACCAUCAAAGAAGGUUGAAGUUAAAGAUGAUGAAUGGGCUGUGGACAUGUCGGAAGAAGCAAUUCAGGCCAGAGCACGUGAGCUCAAUGCUCUUACUCUCAAGGAUGAGACUCAGAAAUACGAGGAAUUUGGUGAAUGGAUACUCAAGAACGAAGAUGAAAUUCCAUCCGAUGUGGAAAUCUUCAAGAAGGCUCAGAGCAUGGAUAUUUUAAACGAUAGAAUGACCGUCGAAGUUAUUGCACAGUGUAUUUUUGAUGAGGAUAUUUUGAAAGAGAUCGAAGAGCAUGCUGGUCUGCUUAGCAAGUUGUUGGUUACUCCAAAGCACGAAAAGUCUCUGCUUGGGGGUAUUGAGAGAAUGAUCGGUACUGAUCAUAUGGAUCUUGUGCCGCAGGUUCCAAGAAUUUUGAUGCAGUUAUAUCAGAACGAUUUAGUGUCUGAGGAUGUGAUCAGGGAGUGGGGAACACAUGUUACGAAGAAAUAUGUGCCAAAACAAACAUGCAAGAAAAUCAGACGUGCGGCCAAGCCAUUUUUGGUGUGGCUGGAUCAGGCAGAGUCCGGAUCAGAGGAUGAAGAUGAGGAUGAAGAUGAGGAAGAUGGAGAGGAAGAUGGCGAAGAAGAAGAUGAGGAAUGA